CGCAUAAAAGUUCCCAAUUCUUAUCCAUUGCCUAUACUAGUAGAUUUCUCGACUGUUGUCCUACUUCAUACAUAAUAUAAUAGUAUAACACCCAUCACUCCUAGUCUUGCUUUGCAUAUACGCAUACCCCAAUCCUCACAUUAUCCACCAAUAGCAUCCCUCUCCAUCAUCACCAACACCAACAUCAACACAAAUCUAUCAUCAUCCCAUCGACUCAUCAUCAAACAUGCCCGAUCCCGCAUCACCUCCCUCAUCCAUCUCGCCCUCACAUCAUCCCAUCGUCCCCCCAAAGACCCCCAAGCCGCCACUAUCCGCCCACGCCCUCUCGACAACCUCCCCGCGCCCUCUAAACACACAUCACAUCCACUAUCCCCAGAAUAUGCCCGAAAGUCAGCCCAAAAAGAUACGCAGACCCGCCUUCAAGGAGAUUUACAAGCUUUCUAGAAGAUCCAGGCGUGCCAAUCAUGGGCGCGGGGACGGCGAUUAGCAUGAGGUUGCAUUUUGGGUGGCUGGCGAUUUUAAUACUAUUUUUACUCCGCAUCUUCUGUCUCACAUUAGCGCGAGAUGGAUACAUGAUA